AAUGGACUGGAAGACCUAUUCUAAUAGGUGUUUUCCCAGUCUAACAUCUACAGUCUGCUAUAGACUUCAUCAUGUAGUCUACAACAGACUACUGACUAAAUCUAGGGCUUGCCAGAUUCUUUAUCUUGUAGCUCUUAUUGGGCUUCUUUGAACUGAACUUCCAGAUCUUCCCCUUCCCCAAUCACUGCUCACAAUAUGAAUCAACAAGGCCCAAAUAGCUCUCAGAAAUCUCCCCUCACUACUAUCCUGCCAUCAUUAUUUUUAAGGAUCUUUAACAAUGCUUGUGUGGUGUAAAGGGGCCUUAGUGCAAAUGAGAACCAGGUCCUAAGAAUCUUGACCUCGGUUGUGUAUCUCCUACACAGUGACAAUAGAACAACCUACGUACAGAUGCUUAUGUGAUUAUUCCUUUUUUAUUAGUCACAGAUCUACAGGCUUGACAAUGCAUCUCUGUCAGCCUUUCAAAGCUCUGGUUCUGGCUGUGGCAUUGAUGAUGUCAUCAGGUGUGGAUAUAAAUAAACAUGAAGAGAACAUGAAUGCAUGCCCAGUCAUUCAAUGUUGUGCUUCUGGAACCAAUGGUUUAUCAGGCAGAGAUGGAAGAGAUGGGAAAAAGGGUCCCAAAGGAGAAAAGGGAGACCAAGGAACUCCUGGAAUCCCUGGCACCCCAGGAGCCAAUGGAUUGCCUGGAAGAGAUGGCAGAGAUGGUAUGAAAGGAGACUCAGGCCCACCAGGUCCUCAGGGGCCACCCAGUGGCAUGCCAGGUCUUCCUGGAAGAGAUGGGCUUCCUGGGGUGAAAGGGUCCCAGGGUGAAAAAGGCAACAAGGGGGAGAGAGGGGAGCCUGGACCACAAGGCCUGCCUGCUUCUGUUGAUCCUGAAUUGCAAGAAAGCCUCCAGGUUUUAAAACAUCGAAUUACCAGACUGGAAGGAGUCCUUACUUUGGAAGGAAAACUAACAGAAGUGGGGGAAAAAAUUCUCGCUACCAAUGGGAAAGAAGUCAAUUUUGAAACCACAUUAAAAGCAUGCGAACAUGCUGGUGGCUCCAUCGCCACCCCCAGGAACAAGGAGGAGAACGAUGCUAUUUUGGAUAUUGUGAAACAGUUUAACAGAUAUGCUUAUCUGGGUAUAAGGGAGAGUGAUGUUCCAGGUGAAUUCCAGUAUCUGGAUGGGAAACCUCUGAAUUAUACCAACUGGCAUGCUAGUGAGCCAAAUGGCAAAGGAGGGGAAAAUUGUGUGGAGAUGUACACUGAUGGAGGCUGGAAUGACAGAAAAUGCAACCAGUACCGCCUCACUAUCUGUGAAUUUUAA